GCUGUUACGAGGCAAACAAGCAAUUAUGAAACCAAACAGCAUCCGCGUUUCUUUUUCCACGGUGUGUUGCUGAUGGUAGCUUGGUUGCUAUGAGGAUUCUUCAUUCGUUUUAAAAAGAAUUUUAGUUUCAAGGUCAUUAUCCUUAGAUCCUUGGUGAUGAGUUUUUAGUUAAUCAUUCAACAAAAGUGAAAUAAAGUGUGUUAGUGAGUGUGACCGAUUGGCGUGUAGCUUCAAGGAUAAGGGCAGAUAGAGCAUUCCGCGUGUGCCGUGUCCGCAGCUCACUUUACCGGAGAACCUUAUCAUUUUACCGUAAAGCGGAACAUUGUCACAAUUGUAAACAAACCCUACAUUUAACGUGCUGCAACAAAUUGAUUCAUCUAGCUGCUAACACAAAAACAAAUGUUCAAAUAGCUGAGAACUAUCGAAGAAGCACACCAACAAUUUCAACACUAAUAAUAAUCAUUCGUGAGUCGAGUGCGAAAUUGAAUGAACGCAAUUCACGAUCGGUGCUGUUAACAGCUUCAAUUAGUGAUUGUAGCAUCUUCCUCAGGCACCAAGCCCUACACAGCAUCACAUGCGAGAUAGCAUUAUCUGGAAGCUGCUGCAAGACUCAGCUGAAUUGACCGGUGUAGGUAGAUGACACCAGAAAAGGGAGGCCUGCAGCCUGAUAGGAGAUUCCCUUGCAAGCAGUCUUACGAUAAAGACGUAGCUUGUAAUAUAAUCAACUUCGGAUGUGCACCAUUCCACUGCCAGCGUAAACCCCGUCCGGCAUGUCCGCUUUUAGUGUGAACAGCAGUCGUAAGCGAACCGUCGAUCAGGUUAGACAUUCGUGAGAGUGUCGCAUGACGACGUUCCAGCAUUGCCAACGACCAUGUCUGAAGAAACUGCCGAGCCGGCCGAUGGUGGCCAGAGUCAGCACAGAACGCAGGAGGAUCCCGAUCAACGCAAUGGUAACGUAACGGAACACUUGACUACGAGUAAUGCUCGGGUGGAACGAUGGUACGAGAAAAUUUCCGUCGAACCUUCGAUGUUCCUGUACAUGAUGGCGUUUAUGCUGACCUCGGUCGUAGAGCAAGCGUUCUUUCUCUACAAAGCGUGUACGGUCGAUCAUGGAUAUUCGCAUGAAGUUUGCCUUAACAUCGAACAGUAUCAGGACAUUAAAAAGCAAGUCCAGGUGACGACAUCCACCUUUCAUCAGUGGAACAACAUUGCAAUGUACGUGGUGCCCAUCGUGCUGGCAUUGUUUCUCGGUGCCUGGUCGGAUCGGCGCGGUCGCAAAUUGCCGCUGAUUCUGGGACUUAUCGGUAAAUUUAUCUACUCGAUUAUGAUCGUCGUGAACACUCGUAUGCCUUCGUGGCCGGUUGAGUAUAUCAUCUACACUGCAACGAUCCCGAGUGUACUAACCGGAGCGGAUAUAGCCAUCUUUGCAUCGUGCUUUGCCUACAUCUCCGACAUAACGACCGUGGAAGAACGUACACUGCGCAUUACGAUACUGGAUGCAACGUAUCUUAGCACAAUGCCGAUCGGUGUCGCACUCGGUAAUGUAAUUUUCAACCACACGGGAAAAUCGUACACGAUCAUGUUUGCCAUCAAUGCGUCGCUGCUGGCGUGCUCCAUCAUUUACUCAGUCCUAAGGCUUAAAUCACGCACUACUGAGCGUCAGUGUUCGAUCCGUGAGCUGCCCUGGUAUCGUAUGCCGUUGGACUUUUUCGACCGGCAGCAUGUGAUACGAUCGGUGCGAACGUUCGUGAGGCAUCGUACGAUGCAUCGUCGCACCUACAUGUACCUGCUGAUGGUGGCCAUGUCCUUCUACACGUUCCAGCGUGAUGAAAAGCCUAAAAUGUAUCUGUACACGCAGUUACGCUUCAACUGGGACACGGAUCUGUACAGCUACUUCAAGACGUAUCAAUCGGCCGCUUAUGUCGUGAUGAUGUUUCUAGGCGUGCCAUUAUUUACCAAGGUGCUCGGACUGAAGGACACGCUUAUCAUCAUGAUUGGUGCUUUGGCACAUGCCAGUGCUCGGUUUGUGUAUAUCUUUGCACAGGUUGGCUGGGUGUUGUACAUCGGUGCAACUAUCUCAAGUGUUGGACCGGUCGUUGCGCCCGUUCUUCGAUCGAUGAUUUCAAAAAUGGUACCAACAAACGAGCGCGGUAUUAUAUUUUCCUUUCUUUCCGUGUUCGAUAAUGCGGUACCGUUGUUUAGCGGUGUGCUCUACACCCAGGUUUACAACGCAUCCAUCAAUACCUACCCGCAGGCUAUCUUUCUUCUUACGAUGGGCACCCAGAUGGUCGUGUUCUUCAUUGCACUCGCAAUACACAUUUCCCUUCGUGGACGUACGAUGGAGGAUGGCAUCCCAAAUGAAAAACCACCUGGAAGUGGGCUGAUCGAUGAAGCGAAAGCGCCAGCGAUCGACGAUGAAGCACCGGCCGUUUCUCAAUCUUAGUGAUGAUAACGAAUUUUCGUUCGCUCAGUGUAACCGACUGAUUACGCUUUAGCGUUAACGAUCGCGUGAGUGAUAAGGCAUGGCAGAUAUUAGAAAGUGAAGUGCUUCAAGUGAUGGUAUAAUCAACUCGCCACUCCGUUUACUGAACAAUACAUACAUAAGAAAACGGUGCAGUGCUACAGUGUAAAAAUGUUCUUUUCGAAAUAGAAUAGUGUGCCAACAUGUUUGGUGUCUUUUAUAAA